UCCUUUAGCAAUGUUGCGCCUUUUACAGAAAUCUACAGCGGAAGUAAAAUUUUGUACAUAAAUACAUAAAAACCAUCGAUAUGGCAACACUAUAUUUACUUUUGUCAAUAAAACAAAUGGAAAAAUCGGUAGCGAGCAGAUUUUGGCGCAGCGCGUAUUGUAAACACAUAUUUAAUAUUUUUCUGUAUCGUUGAAUAAUUUCAAUAAAUGCAAUUUGUAGGCAACAUGUAAGGUUGAGUGAAAAAAUUACUACAGCACACACACACACUAACACAUGAAUUCGAGAACCAAGCACCCGGGCACAGGUCGAGUAUAGUUUAAUUGACUUUUACUAACUACAGUUGCACUAAAAGCUUCAAAAUUAUUCGUCCAACUGCACGUUCGCUUCAAACACGCCAGACAGAGCGUGAAUUCAAGACUUCCAGCACUGUUCAUACACACAAAAUGAGGCGUAUGAAUAAUUUAAUAACACUCUUUACCGCAAUGGCAGCUUUUUUCUUCGGCUGCUUUUUGAGUAAUAUGUUGAAUAACGCUGAAAAAUGCUUGAUACAUAAAAGCGGUGUUAGCCAAAUUGACCCACAUCCGGAUAUUUUCCUUAUGAUAUUAGUUAUAACAGCGCCGAAAAAUGUUAAUCGUCGACUAACAAUGCGUCAAACUUGGUUGCGACUCGGACAGCCAUUGGAUAUGACUUACUACCCGGAAAAUUUAGUUUACAUGCCCAAAUAUGACGAGAGUGGUCAUUUACAAAUGGAGACCGUGUCCGAUCAAUCGAAUCGUUUGGCCGCGUAUCUGCAUUGGUACGAUAACAAUCUGAAUAAUCCUGAAUCAACGCGCAGAAUUAUUAAAGUGAAACAUUUCUUUGCUAUUGGCACGGCGGAUAUGCCGGCUGGUUUACGCGCAGAAUUGGAUCGUGAACAGAAACUUUAUGGUGAUAUGUUGCUUUUGCCGCGCUUAAAGGAUAACUUUGAAAAUUUAACGGAAAAGAUGUUGCAUUCUAUAGAAGCGCUAACACAUCACUACGAAUAUAGUUAUCUACUUAAAACAGACGACGAUACAUACGUGAAGUUGGACAUUUUGCUUAAUGAACUGAUAUCGUAUGAUCGUAAAUUGGUGCGUAAAACGCAAGAAUACGAAGGACAACCGCCGCCAGCACUAUAUUGGGGGUACUUCCUUGGCAGAGCCAAUGUAAAGACAAAGGGGAAGUGGCGUGAUUUAAAUUACCAUUUAUCAACACAUUAUAUAACAUAUGCCUUGGGUGGCGGUUAUGUAAUUUCACGAAAAAUCUGUGAACAUAUUUCAGCAAAUGCACAAUACCUUUCCGCCUACACAAAUGAGGAUAUUUCGAUGGGUUUGUGGGUGGCACCGUUUCGAGAUGUGUAUCGACGACAUGACCCACGUUUCGAUACCCAAUAUAAACCACGUAAAUGUCGACGCUAUCACAUUGUAUUACACAAACUUAAUGAAGAAGAAAUGCAGCAAAUUGAUAAUGGUAGCAUUUGUGUUAGAGGUGACAAAGAGGAAGAAAAAGACAAUGAACAGAGUACAUCUUUAAAGCCAUAUUUUUAUGAUUGGACGAAAUCGGCUGAUAAAUGCUGUGAUACAUAUGUCAAAUAAACUCGUAAGCACAAAAUGCAGCAUACAAUAGCAGCGAAUAAUAUUUUGCACAUCUUAUUUAUGUAUAUAUGCAAGCGGAUAUGAGCAUAAAACGCGCAGUAGGUAGUAUUUAGAAAAUUCGUGUAUCUAGUGAAUACUUAAUAAAGAAAGAAAAAUAAAUACAAAUAAAAAAUAGAAUAAGCUUAACCGAGUAAA